AUGGGCCCUUUCGGAGACAUACCCGGCCUCGGCGAAGACAUUCGAGAAACCGCAUAUGAGGUUUUUCCUAUUACCGCUUGCCGAUCUUCUUCCGGUUUUGGCGGCUUGGCAAGAAUGCUCUUAACGUUUUACUUAAUCGACCACAUCUCAUGAUGACAUGGAGGAUCUGCGUCGUACGUCGGGCUUCUGGUUUUGCGACCAUCGGAGGCGGACCGGGUUGUGGUCCGGUGUUGUGAUGAUCCGCGAGUAGAUUUUAAACGGGCCUUUAGGUUAAAGAUUGCUAGGCGGUGCCCGUCCAGGAGGAUGUCUAGCGUCGGCUACCGGUGGGGGUCCUCCAAACGCGCCAAUGCAUCAUUGCUGGCGGAAUUAGCCCUGGGCCUGUCGUUUCAAUACUUUCCGGCUCGAAGGCCAAGGCGGCCUCGUUACGUCGGCGGAGAUUAUGAGGUACAGAUGGGGGUCACUGAGCAAGUGACUAAUAGAUUGAGAACGUUAAUGAGGAGUUUGGUUGGCCAAGUCAGUACUGGUGAUGGGAAGCAAGACGAGGCAAUAUCCUUUCCACUGGAGCUGCUACGCCACCUAAACCUCAGAUUCAAUGAUAUGGCACGAAUUAUUCAUCUCUGGCAACAGCGUCAGCUCAAUUUUGAGCUGGGGCUUCUCCUCCACCCAAGGCAGCGACGGCUACUGCUCCAAUUAGCCAAGAAAACUGAGGAUUGGCUUAGAGAGAGGGAAAGUUUUAGUCCUUUAUUAGAGGAAAUGGAGCACACAAUUGCAAACAUGGAAUCCGAAUCCAAAAACGAACCUUAUGCACAAUCAAGCUGUGGAGGUUGAUUGGAGAAAUAGACUAAGGAAACUGUGGAGGAAUUCUUUGAAUUCCUGUUGGAAUUACUGAUGAACUUGUUACUUGAUCUCGCCCAAGGUUUGGCAUUCUUUUCACAGAUUCAUAAAGUUUGUAGAAGCUUGAUUUCAAAACAGAAUUAUGUCCCUAACAUACCCCCUUAAUCUAGAUGCAACCGGACUCGCAAGUUCUUUCAAAUUAUGGAAGAAGAUCCUUGCAGUAUUAGCUCAGAAGAGCAGCAUCAACAGCGAGGAACAGUUGCAGAAGCUAUCAUCCAAGACGAUCAACUAUGUCGAGGAACUCAAGCCUUUAUCCGACUCAACCACUCUCGCAUUAUUUUCUUUCUCCUUCAUUCUCUAGACAGGACUUCUUGCAAUUGCUCCAUAUCCAUCAACAGGCCCCCCAUCUUCCAUUCAAGCUGCUGUCAUAUGUAUCAGAAAGUUGCUGCAUAUCGUUUGAUUUUCCUCGACUCGGAACUUUCUUGUUCUUUAUAUUGAAAACCUUUAUGCUUAGGUGAUGUAGCAAAUUCAAGAAAUUAGGCAGCCGUGAGACUUUUAAAGCAGAAUCUUACUCUUUUGAGCCAUUCUCACAGACCCAGUCAGGGUUUGGCAAGAGAGAGUAAUGAAGCUACUUUUGAAUCUUACUUAAUGGUUCUGCUAGCUGGAGGAUGA